UGAUUUCUUUACACAAUAGGUUUGGUGAGAAAGAAUACCUACAAUAAAAACUCAUGCUAACUUAUCCUAUACAAAUCACGAUUACGGCGAAUGGUGACAAGAGAAUACGGCUGCAUUUCUGCGUUGGACAAGGCUGAUCCUUUGCCAAAAAUGAGCCAGCCCUUCUAUCACUAGACGAGGCAACUAGCCGCGGUGAAAUAGUUCGGAGAAAUUUCUUUGACACUGCGACCACAUGUCCCAAGGGUCAUGCCAUGAACAAAAGCAGUAUGAUCCGUGUAAAUAAACUCGCUUAGAUACAGAUGACCCGAAAUUCAAUCGAACGAAGACAAGGACAGCCAAAGUAUGCCUUGUUGAUGGAGAAUUGAUAAUAACAAGUUUACGUUUCCUCAAUUAUUGGAUAGCGGUCGCGCGGGACGCCAUUCAGCCAUUGCCAUUCGCUCAGUUACCGCGCGUGAAGGAUAUCGUGUUGCAAUUUGCAAUCAACUUGCAAUACAAACAAAAUAUGGCGGCAAAGUUCAAGUCUGAGAAGGUUGGAAUAGUGGGCAGUGGUUUGAUUGGUAGAUCAUGGGCGAUGUUAUUCGCUUCAGUUGGCUACCAAGUGACCAUCUUCGACAUCGUGCCUAAACAAGUCUCCGAUGCGCUGGCAGAUAUUAAAAUACAACUGAAAACUUUGGAGAAGGAUGGGCUUCUACGCGGAAAACUAAAUGCUGAUGAACAGUUUCAAUGUAUAAAAGGAUCGUCAGAUUUAGCGACGGCAGUCAAAGAUGCAGUUUUUGUUCAAGAAUGUGUGCCAGAGAAUCUCGAUUUAAAAAAGAAAGUAUUUCAAGACUUAGACAAGGUCGUUAGCGACAAAACCAUACUUUCUAGCUCAACUUCUACGACGUUGCCAUCUUUGUUUUCCGAUGGAUUAAAGCAUAAAUCACAGGUAGUUGUAUCACAUCCAGUGAAUCCUCCGUACUAUGUCCCAUUGGUGGAAAUUGUGCCCGCGCCGUGGACGAAGCCCGAAGUAGCCAAGAAGACUAGAGAAAUAAUGCAAGAGAUUGGACAAGAACCAGUCUCACUGUCAAGAGAAAUCGACGGAUUCGUGUUAAAUCGAAUUCAGUAUGCAAUAUUGAACGAAGUGUGGCGCUUGGUGGACGACGGAGUAGUCGACGUGAAAGACGUUGACAAAGUCAUGUCUGAAGGUUUGGGCAUGCGGUAUGCCUUCCUCGGCUCGCUGGAAACCGCGCAUUUGAAUGCUGAAGGAAUGAAGAGCUACAUCGAAAGGUACGGAGACACAAUAUACAACGUGAGUGAAAAAUUUGGCAAAAAUCCACGCAUGACCCAAUGUAAAAGCGCCGGCACUGUUUGCCAGCAACUUAACAACAUGGUGCCACUGGACGAGCUGCAGAAACGCCGCGCAUGGCGCGACGCCUGUCUCACUAGACUAGCAAUCCUCAAGAAGGAAAUGAAUGCCAAAUAUAAGUAAAAUAAAUUAAUUUAUAGCCUGACCACAAAAAUAAAAAUAAAACCAGCCAAGUGCGAGUUGGACUUGCUCAUAAAGGGUUCCCGUACAUCUACCUUAAAGGUAAUUUUAAAAACCGGCGAAGUACGUGUCGGGUCACGCAGAGUGUAAUAUUCUGUAGAUUAAAUUAUCACAUUAAAUCCUUAAGUGCACAAAAAUACUUUGCAUAAACGAUAAAAAACAUCCUCACUUUGCGUGUAACCCCAAAUUUAUUUUUUAAAAUUUUUCUUUUUUUUCAUUGGCAUGUAAGUUAGGUAGGUACUAAAAACAGUCGGUUUAAAAAUAUUUGUGUCGGACCCAAUCCAAGCUUUUAUAUUUGUGGUCAGGCUUUAACAUAGUAAGAUUGUAAAGUAACUGUAAAAUGGUGUCUUCACAAAAUGUUGUUGUACAAAAUAUGGGCUCAUGAAUUUACUAUUUAUUAAAUAUGAACAAUAUAAUUCAAAUAAAAUAUUUUAUAUUA